GACUUCCAUCCCUGCUGAUGGAGCGGUAACUGCACGCGACCGGCGGAAGCGCGUUGGCUGCCAUGUCAGGACGGGCUUUAGCCAACUCCUACUUUUCCCUUUCCUAACAGCGUCCAGCUGAUUAGUUGGCAGCUGCUAAGUAAGAAGAGGCUCUCCCUCCUCCAGCGCUUUCACAUUCGGACUAUUUCUACUCCAUACCGGUUCGGGACACACACACACACACACACACACACACACAUGAUCACACACCGUGAUGAAGAACUGGCCGAGUGAGGAGCGACUGCUGGCUUUCCAGGGGAUCCGGGUGGGUUUUCUGUGCGACUCACGGAGCUCAGCGGCUCACUGAAAGCAACGCAAAGCCUUUACACAGUGUUUCUCUAUGAAGUACAGAGCCACAGACACUGAGCAACAUGAGAAAACCGAAAAUCAACCGCAUGGUGCUUGCUAUGUGCCUGGGGUCCUUCAUAAUGCUCAUAUUCUAUUUUCAGAGUCACUUGAAACCAGCACAGGACAGUGGGCAGGCCAGAGGAGGCAGGAAAUCAGUGAGGAGUCCACUCCAAGCCCUUUAUACUACUGACCCUACAGAACUGUCUCCACUUCAGCUGAUGCAUCAAAGUCGACGUGACCUCCUGGAGGAUGUGUGCCACUCUUACACUCACAAACGUCGUGUCCUGAUCCCAGAGGAUCUCAAGCACCUGAUUGUGGAUGAUCGUCAUGGCCUGCUUUAUUGCUACGUGCCCAAAGUCGCUUGCACAAAUUGGAAGCGUGUCCUGAUGGUCCUGACAGGUGACACGCAAAGAGACCCCCUUCAGAUUCCAGCCAAUGAGGCACAUGUCCCAGGCACGCUGCGCACUCUGUCUGAGUAUUCUACCUCUGAAAUCAACCAGCGUCUACGCACCUACCUAAAGUUUGUGUUUGUGCGUGAACCCUUUGAGCGGCUUGUUUCAGCAUACCGCAACAAGUUCACGCGCAGCUACAACACAGCCUUUCACAAGCGGUACGGCACUAAGAUAAUCCAGCGACACCGUGCUGAGGCAAGUCCCGAGGCUCUGGAGCGUGGAGAUGAUGUCUCAUUCUCGGAGUUUGUGCGCUACCUGGUGGACCCGGGCACGCAGCGUGAAGAGCCCUUCAACGAGCACUGGGAGCGUGUGCACUCUCUCUGUCACCCCUGCCUCAUACACUACAACAUUCUAGGCAAGUACGAGACGCUGCAGCAGGACUCCAGCUACGUGCUCAAACUGUCCGGAGUGGACGACAAGGUCACAUUUCCCACCUCGGCCAAAAGUACACGCACCACGGCAGACAUGGUCGCCAGCUACUUUAAGGAUAUCAGCUCAGCCUAUCAGAAAAAGCUGUACAACCUGUACAAGAUGGACUUUCUGCUUUUUAAUUAUUCCAUGCCCGCCUACCUGAAGUUCAAAUAAGGCCUGGUGCCUUUAACUAAUAUUUAGAGAAAAUAAAGAGUUUUAUUUUUGUUCGCACAAGUUCAUCUGUGAGUACUGAAACUGUUUUGGUGGUUACUGUAUGGUCCUUUCAGCGCUGAAUGCAGUGGAACUGCAGUUAUCGAUUUGCACAAAGAGCAAUUUGACUCAAAGAGACUCACUUUGAACGAUCUGGAAGUUCUAGUUCUUUCAAGCUGAGGUUUCAUCUUUGCUUGUCUCCUCAGCCUUUUUUGCCUUUCAGUUUAAUUAAGGUUGAAUUGAGAGAACACAUUACAGUGCUGUCAUUUGAGUUGCAGAUAAAACAGGGUUCAUGUUAGGCAUCUAUCAAGAUGAGGUUUCUGAGAAGACUGUGUUCUGUUCUUUCUUAUUUCCUCGUGAAUACUGACUUUGCCUUCCCAGGUGUCUGUCCUCUGUGGAGAAUUUGUUGGAAACAUACCAACUGAGCUGGAGGUGAUGUAUAUAUAUAUCGUGUUACCGAUAUUAAUCGUCUCGGAAAAAGCGUACUGACUUCUGCUUGUGCCUUGAGAACGAGGAUUGUAAGGAAUCAAAAAAAGUGAGGGAGAACUGUCACUGUUUGCCAGAGCAGUAUUAGAAACAUGUCAUAUUCACUUUGAUACAAAGCAUGAAUUUUACAGUUAUUUAUUACGGCAUUUAAUACUGGAGAAUCUCUCCACUCGGCACAGUUUAGACUAAACAGCUCUGUUUUUACAGAUAAUAACUCAAAUAAAGCAGAAAAUCAGACCUCUUUUUGCCCACUUUUGGGAUGGAACCAUUGUAUUGUGUGUGUUUCAAUUACAUGUGUUUUAUGGAAAUAUUUACUUAUCAAAUACAUCAGUAAAUCCCAAAACAUAUAUAUUUAUACAAGACAUUAAACAAUAUUUCAGAAUAUUUCAGGAGCUGGAUGCAGGAUGCAGCUGGUACUCUCUACAAGUCUGGACUUUAAUCCUAACCUCUGGUUACUGCCUUGGUGAAGUUUAACACCUUGUCCCUGUGUAAACACUCUAUUUUUCUCCCUCCACCUAAAAACACACCAGCUACUUUAAAUCGCCCCUAGGUGUGAAAGUGUGUGUCCUGUAUUCUGCCUUGCCCCCAGUGUUCUCAGGAAUAGACUUCAGAUCCACCAGUUGGAGAUAAUAAUAAUAAUAAUAAUAAUAAUAGUAAUAAUAAUAAUAAUAAUGAUGA